AUCCGCAAGAUCAUUGCUGACCCCGAACUACUGCUCGCAUCGGAUUCUUCUGCUUGUGCAUGCCUCUUGGGAACUCCCUGGCACGAGCCACAUGUUGUGUAUGCUGUUCAUGAGCUCAGACCAAUACUUCCGGAUCUCAGGCAUGCUCUUGUGGCCUUCUUGGAGGGCGCUCUGGACAAAUGGCUCACCUUCACUGCCGAAUUCGCGUCGGACGGCGUCAUUGCAUCCGCAUCAGCGCACCAGCAAACUCUUGCUUUUAUGGAUCCUACCAACGACCGGAACGAGGGCGGGCUUGGCACUAUGCGACGGGCUUUCGCGCGGAGCUCCAAUAUCACUCUGUCAAUGCAUAACGCGAUGGAAUUGUAUAACAAGAACGAUACAGAAGACUACAUACAGACCGGCCUCUCAAACGAAGACCAGGCCUGGCUUCGAAAAGCGGUGCGUGAUGAGGACACGAGUGGACUAGCCAAGAAGCAGCGCGCAGAACACGUCGAGACGGCGCAGAGACAAGCUGCACUUGGGCGCGAGAAGGUCGAACAGGCACGGGCGAAAGAGGAGAAGAAGGUGCAGAAACUUCGUACCGUUGAACCCAUGCUCGACCUC